GGUGUCCUGUGACAAGUAACUGCAACUUUACCCUCCCUUGCUAUAGCGCAGUUCGUUUUUAACCACGUACACAUCUCCAACCACGAACCAGUCGCUCGCUAUAUCAACUCAAAACAAUCCAACGAUUGAUUACCAGUUUCCGCAAUGUCUGGCUCAGGAUACGACGCUGUCGUCGACGUUGACGAUGAGGGUGAUCUCGGCCACACCGAUCUCCAAGAAGACCUCGAAUUCCAUACGUCCAACUUCAAUGACACAAAUCCCAACACCCGCAAGCCUCCCUCUGGCGGCAGCGGUCUUCCCGCGCCGGCCACAGCUUCGAGCGGCUCAGGAUCAUCUAAGCGCUUCCUCUGGAGCAUGAACUUUUAUGCGCAGUUCUUUGAUGUCGAUACUUCUGCUGUCCUGUCCCGCUGCUGGGCUGCUCUCUUCCCUCGGGCCAACUUCCUCGAUGUUCUCGAAGGCAACCCUGAUUUAUACGGACCGUUUUGGAUCGCCACAACGGUUGUCCUGAUUCUUUUCCUGGGAGGUACCAUCAGCCAGUAUAUGUCUGAUACAGGCAAGGGACCAUUCCUCUACGAUUUCAAGCUAUUGAGUGGCGCCGCUGGCCUCAUCUAUGGCUACACCCUUUUUAUCCCCAUGGGUCUUUUCCUUGCCCUCCGAUACUUCGGCAGCGAAUCCGCCAACCUGCUCGAGUGCUGGGCUCUGUACGGCUACUCUAACCUCAUCUGGAUCCCUGUGGCCCUUAUCAGCUCAUCGCCUAUUUCGAUUCUCAAUUGGGUUUUUGUCGGUGUUGGCUUCGGCAUCUCAGUCGCGUUCCUGCUGCGCAACUUGUAUCCUGUUCUCAGCGCCACGGAUCGCCAGGUCAGCAAGGUUUUGUUGGUUGUUGUUGUGCUGCUACACGCUGGACUGUCGCUUGCUAUCAAGAUCCUCUUCUUUGCUCAUGGCAGCCCCGUGUCUAGCACACCAGACAAGAGCAAGGGUGAUUAAGGGACUGGUUCAGAGAAUUUGAUUAAAAGAUAUGAUGGGAUGGAUAUAAGGGUUUGAAUGACACGUUAGAGAAUAUGUCCUUGGCCCCAACUGUAGCCACAGUGUAACCAAAACGGAGUUUUGGGGAAACAUAUCGUUUUGGCAUUGUUUGUACAAUAAGUUAGAAG